AUGACGACGAACAAUAGUAGUCAUCAUCACACACAAGAAGAAGAAGAACAUUUGAUUUCAUCAUCAGGUAGUAGUAUUACUACUCAUGAUUCCAACUCGGAGGUUGUUGUUGUUGGUGGAUCAUCACCACCAUUAGCAUUGUCGAAGAGUCUUACAAUUCCUCAACAACCAACCUCUCCUCCUCCUCCUCCUCCUCAUCAUCAGCAACAAGAUCCUACAACUACUUCAACGAACAUCCUUCAAACAGCAUUACCUCCAUUCUUUACACCCGUUCAAGUCCAUCCCUAUUCUUCUCCUGUCAUUCACUAUGAUCGUCAUUCAUCCAUCAUUCUCACUUGUAAAUACACACCUCAAAAUAACAACAACAUGUUGUCGAGUCGUUUAGCAUCAUCACUGGAUAUCGACUCCACUGUGUAUUGUGUGAAGGUUUCCUUAAAUAUAGGAUCCAUCUCUCAAUUAGAAAAUGAUGUUGAGAUUUCAAACUAUUUAAAUAAGGAAGAACAUUUCAAGUCUACAACAACAACAACAACCACCACCACCACCACCCCCUCAUCAUCAACCACCACCCCAUUCCUAUUGGCUCCCAAAAUAUUUGCUUAUUUGAGUGAUUAUUUUAUUUUGGUGAGGGAAUGGAUUCAUGGAGAAACCUUUCGAUCUUGGAUGGAUCAUCCUAAAAUGGAGGAGGAAUUAUUGUCUUCUUUGGGUCAAUCUCCAUUAUUAUUGUCUGCUUCUUCUUUAGAUCAUCCUCAAUUAUCUUUAGAAGAAGAUCAGAUGCAUUCAAUUCAUCCAAGUACUACUACUACUAGGACGACGACGACGACGACGACGAUUAUUCAGAAGAAGAUUGAAUCAUCCUCUCCUCACUCCUCCAUGUUGUUGAAUCCUCUUGCAAUGAUGAAUUUUAAAAUUCCAUCUUUAAUCACCAUUCUAGAAAUGGCCAUUGAGGCUUGUCAUGUUCUUGAUCAAAUUCAUUCUCUGAGAGUGUGUCAUUGUGAUAUUCGACCUGAAAAUUUCAUGUUUGAUCAUGAACAUUCUUGUGUGAGAUUGAUUGAUUUUGGACUCUCUUGUUUUUUACCACUUGAUCAUCCUUUCAUUUACACGGAUCGACCGAAAGGUUGUUACAAGUACAUGUCACCAGAAGCCACUGGAAAGAUACCAAAACCAAUGGGAUUUCACAGUGAUAUUUAUAGUUUUGGUUUUGUGUUAUUUGAAAUGAUUGCAAAGGAACAUCCAUUUGGUAACAAACUCAAGAAUAACGAUUACAUGUAUUGUCAUGUGACUCUUGUUCCAGAAUUAUUAAUUACUAAUUUAUCAAAAAGAGGAAUCUUACAAUCAUCAUUCUCUCAACAAGUACAAUCAUUUAACUCUUCCUCUCAACAAGUACAAUCAUCAUUAUUGAAUCAACAACAAUCAUCCUCAUCAUUAUUGAAUCAACAACAAUCAUCUCAAGAACAAUCAUCCUCAUCAUCAUUAUUGAAUCAUGUCAUUUCUGCCAUUUCUCUUGUCAUUGCUAAAAUGGUACAAAAAUCCAUUGAAAAGAGAUAUCUCAGUAUGGAUGGAGUGAAACAAGAUUUAUCCUUUAUUUUGAAAUGUUUGAAUUUAAAUGAUUCUGUGAGUUUAACUAAAUUUACACCUGGACAAUUCGAUAUUCAAACGACUAUGAAAAUACCCUAUGUGGUGUAUGGAAGAGAAGAUGUCAUUACGAACAUGACAUGUGUUUUGAAUGAAAUGAUUGAUUCACAAUCUCCUAAAGCGAUCUUCAUUUCAGGUCAUAGUGGUAUUGGUAAAUCUUGUGUGGUGAGAGAAUUUAGAAAUAAGGCAAAACAAGAUGUUUUAUAUUUUGAAGCAAAAUAUGAUCAAAAUCAUAACAUACCCUUCUUUGCUAUCAAAACCAUUGUCAGUGCAAUAACAGAGUCAUCUUUAGGAGAAUCUGAAUUAUUCAUUCAAGAAUUUAGAGAACAAUUGGUGUCUGAUCUUAGUCCUAGUCAAAUAGACAUGAUUUGUGAUGCCAUUCCAACUCUCUCUUUACUUUUCUUUUCAUUUCAAAAACGUCCAACGACUCUGAAAGAUCAUGAAAGUAUGAAAGAAUUUUCAGAAUCGAUCAUUCAUCUCUUACGAGUGUACACUCAAAUGAAACAAAAGAAUCUUUGCAUUUUUCUUGAUGAUUUACAAUGGGCAGACUUUGAAAGUUUAAAUUUACUAAAACAAGUUCUGGGAUUGAGUGAAACCUUUCCAUUCCUUUUGAUUGGAGCUUUUAGAAAUAAUGAAAUUUCUAACAAUUCUCUUCAUCCUCUCAAUAUAUUUAUUGAAUCAAUCAAAAUGAAAAAUCAAUCCAUCACAACAGAAAUUGAAUUAAAAGAAUUAACAGAACAAGAUUGUAAUUUAUUAGUUGCUGAGAGUGUUCACAGAACUCUCUCUGAUACCUCCAAUCUGACAUUUAUUUUAUAUUCCAAAACAAAAGGAAAUCCAUUCUUCUUGAAACAAUUACUCGUUACACUCUUUCAAGAAGGAAAAAUAUUCUUUGACAAGUCUCUUCGUCAAAUCUCAUGGAAUUUAGAAGAAAUUGAGAAUGUACAAUAUACUCAGAAUGUGGUUGAAUUUUUAUUACUAAAAUUAGAAAAUAUGGAACCAAUGACAAAAAAAGCAUUAGCUUAUGCCUCUUGUAUUGGUUAUUUAUUUGUAUUUCAUGAACUUUUAGAACUCUUUCCUGAAGAAGAGAAACAUCAGUUGAAGGAUUGUGCAAUCAGUCAAGCCAUUGAGGAAGGAUGGAUUAGUUAUGUGGAUGAUGGAAAGACUUUGAAAUUUAAUCAUGAUCGAUUACAACAAGCAGCCAAUGAAUCUCUCUCGGAUCAAACAAAAUCUCUCAUUCAUUACAAAUUUGGUAAAUUUCGACUCGGACAAGUGGAGAAUGGAGAAAUUCUUUUGGAUGAUUUUAUCUUUGAAAUUGUUAAUCAUUUGAAUCAUCGAUCUCAUGAUCCUAAACUCUUACAAAAUACAGACAAGAGAAGAUAUUUAUUGAAUCUUAACAAAUUAGCAGCCAAGAAAGCAGUGAAUACAUGUGCUACUGAACAAGCUCAAGUAUUUGUUCGAACUGCUUUUGAUUUACUAAAUAUGGAAAAUGAAAUCUCCACACUCUACAACACUGCUUUUGAAUUAUUAAUGAUUCAAGGUCAUGUUGAAUAUGCGAAUAAUCAUGUGGAUGAUGCCAUUCAAAUCUUUCAUUCUGCCAUUCACAAAGCCAUGACCAAACAUCAUUUAUUCGAAGCAUGUUAUCAUGCCAUUACAGCAUACUUGUCUCAAAGCAAGUAUGAACAAGUGUAUCAAGUAUUGUAUGAUCAUGUCUUUACAUCGUAUGAAGAAUUGUAUUUUUUACAUGAUCAAGACUCCACCACAAACCCAAUCACCACCACUCUGACCACUCUUCAUGAGAAAGUCAAUGAUGAUUUAAAAUCCACUCACACCAUUAUUAUGGCCAACAUCACUCAUUCAGAAUAUUUAAAACAUCAUCUCGAUCACAAAAUGUCACAAAUGAAACAACAAUUCAUUCAACAACCACUCAACAAGAAUGAUCUAUUAGAAAUGAUCGAAAUGAAAGAUCCUGAAAGUAUCUAUCUCGUUCAUUUAAUUGCUCAAUCUGCUCCUGCUGUGUAUCACAUCAACAAACCAAAUGCUAAAUUGGAAAUGCUCCUCAUGCUCUUAAUUGGUACUGAAAUUGUACUAAAAAAGGGUUUGUGUCCAUUAGCACCACUCAUUCUCUGUCAAGUGGGAGCCAUGUGGUGUCUACAUGAUUUCUAUCCUCCAAUUCAUGUACUUGUUGAAGCAGGUGUGGAAUUGGCUCGAAAUCGAUUCAAGAAUUUACAUCAUUUGGCAAGUUGUUUACUUUUAAAGGAAAUGUGUUAUUUCAUCUUUCCAAAUAUUAAUGCAAUAGAAGUCUGGAAUAUUACUGAAGAGGCAUUUCUAUUAGCCAUUCAAUCGAAUAACAAAUCCUUUGGAGGUUUCUCAAUAUUGUGGUAUCCUUUUCAUCACUUUUUUUAUACUCGAUCGAAUAUAAAAACAUCGAUCGAAUUGAGUAAGAAGAGUAUGGAAUGGUAUCGACAGGUUGGAAAUUACAUGUUACUCGAUGCCAGUCAAAUGAUUUUAGAAAUGAAGAGAGUAUUGAGUGGAGAGAGAGAAACCUUUGAUCCCUCUUAUUGUCAAUCACAAGUGAUUGAAUAUCCAUUCUUUAGACAAAUGCAUUACAUGUUGAAAGGAAUUACUUGUUAUUUUCAACAGAAUUAUGAACAAGCAUUUUAUUGUAUGGAAAAGUCAUUUGAAUAUCGACAAGAUUCUGCUUGUUUGUGUUCCACAUGGAUUGAUAUUGUCUUUCAGGGACUUGUAGCAUGUGCCUAUCAGAAACAAUUAUUGAAUCAACAACAACCACCACAUCAACAAUCACCACAUCAACCACAGCAACAAGAACAGCAACCACCACAAGAGCAACAACAGUCAACUUGGAACACUUGUCUACUGUUGUUGGAACAAUCAUCAUCCAUUCAAGAAUUAAUUCAAAAAUGUCAAGUAUUGAUUGAUUAUUCUUUAAAAAUGUUAGAACAAGUCUCACAAUCAAAUCCUCUCGUUUUUCAAUGUUCUCUUGAAUUAAUCAAAGCAGAACAUUUACAUUGUCGAUCUUUGAGAUAUGGUGAAGAGAAUUCAAGAAGUAUCAUUAGUGGUUUGAAUAAGAGUUUAAAACUAGCCAUUCGAGAUCGACAUUAUUUGAUUGCUAAAAUUGUAAAUUUAAAGAUUGGAGAACUUUACAAAUCAUUGGAAAUGGAUGAUUACAUUUCUGGAAGUUACUUUUCAAAAGCAUAUGAUCAAUUUUAA